ACAUGCAUUGCUAGUGUAAUUGCAUGUACAUUUCUGUCUUCCCCUAUCUACUUCUCUAUAUAAAUUACAAAUCUCCACCUCAUUUUCUCCAUCCCUCAUCAAACCACAUCUCUUGCACCAUUCUUAAAUAACUCGAUCCAAACCCGAACUCUUUAUUGAUUAGACUAAUCCAAAUAUAUAUUUCGAUCACUAUAUUAUUUUGAAAACAUUUUGCUACAAUGGCAGAAAAAGAGAUCCAGAGAAAAAAAGAAGAAAUCCUAAAACUCAUGGGCUUCCCCCUCCACAACAUGCAUUUUCAUGACCUUGAUGAUCGAGCCGUGGUGUUUGAAAUAAUGAACACCACCGCGAAAAGUAACCUUAUUCCACGGGUCAUGAAGACAACCAUCAUGGUGUAUCCCAUCACAAUGUUUAAUGCUGAUCUAUCGAUGCAAUUUCAAAACGAAAGGCGUCAUAGCAAUAAUAAUUCUCGGGGUUUUUUCAAUAAUAACGCAAGAAGUACAGCGAAUAAUAAUAAUAAUAAUGCUCUUGCUGGUGUACGUGCCGCCAUUGCCAACCAAAAUCAAGAAAUGUUGAAGACUAUACUCGAGGCUCAACCUGAUCUAAUCAUGUCCACCGAUGAAGAAGGGUUAACUCCUCUUUCGUACGCAGCAUCCAAAGGAUUUGAUGACAUGGUACUAUACUUCCUCGAAAACUUCCCAAAAACAACGUACAUUCGCAGCAAAGAUAAAUCCUACCCAAUUCACAAGGCAUGUCUAGGAGGACAUGUUAGGGUUUUGGAGGAGUUCUAUUCUAAAUUUCCUACUUCCCUAAGCUCCGUUGACAAUAAUGCACGGACAAUAUUGCACGUAGCUGCUAAAGAACGCGGUAACAAGUUGAAAAAUGUUGUCGCGUACUUGUUGACACUACGAGAGGGUAGAGAGUUAAUCAAUAAGAAAGACGAAAAUCGUUGUACACCCUUGGAUUUGGCUAGAAGCAACAGAAAUGGUGAAGUCGAAGAACUUAUUGGAAGAAUUAUGCGUCACUAGGAUGGAACCUAACAAAGAACUACAUUGCGUUACAUACCCUUGUGUGACAGUGUGAAUGUGUCCAUGCAACAUGUAACUUUUUUUUAAUAUUUCUGCUUUAUUUAUACUUACAUUUCCUUUUACUUAGUCGUCCGUCGUUUGUUUUUAUUUUAUUUUGAUAGCAUGUUCAAGUCUUUAGUAAAUGUUGUGUUAAAAAAAAAAAAAAAAAAAAAAAAAAAAAAAAAAAAAAAAAAAGAAGAAGUCUUUAGUAAAUGUCAAAAAUGAAUUAUUGUUCUGUAUCUUCAAAGUUUAAUUUUCUUGUGCAAUGUAAUACGAAGUAUUAUGUAUAAUAUCAGUAUAAAUUUCAGUAUUUAGUUUGAGCCAUAAAACAUUAUUUGACCUGUAAAUUCACUACAGCAACAUACACCUAAACGAAACACA